AUGUACCUCGACUCGGAGAACCCUGCGGAAAUUGGUGACCUACGACUGGUCUGCCAGCACGGGAGAGCCGUCGCAGACCAAACACCACAGUUGUGGUGCACGGUCGUUGUAGCCGGGCUGCGGUCGUUCAACGACUUGGACGGUCUGCGACAGCGCCUCCGUCGGUCAGGUGUCUUACCCUUGCACAUCACCUUGCGCAGUCGGGACAUCCCCGAGAAUACGCUGAUGCCUGUCAUCACUGCACUCUCAGAGUAUCUUCCCCGGAUCCGGACUUUCGAGGUCACCUCAGCUGAUUUCAGGCUCCUGCUGCAGUCCUUCGCCUCAUUGAGCAACGGCGCAGUAGACCCCGCGUUGUUUCUGGAGGGUUUGAGGCUUGAUUGGGAAGACCCGCACCCCCUCCUCACUUAUUCGGUUGGCCAGAGUUAUGACCUAGGCUAUGUCUUCCCUGCCUGUCCUCGACUACGACUGCUCGAAAUUCCCGUCGGGUUCUCUGUGACGAACAAGGCGUUCUUGGCAAAUCUGACGGCCCUCAGGUUCUUCGCCAUCAACAGCCACUUCGUUGUCCUUGACAGAUCCGCGUUCGAUAAUGUGCUAGAUAUGCUGGCGGCAUGUCCCCAUCUGGAGCAAUUGGUUUGGCAGGGGCCGCAGCUCCCUUUUACACUGCUGAAGCGCGCCUUUCAACCACAGCGAAUAAUCUCGAUGCCUUGGCUCAAGAUCGCCGAAAUUACGACCCCCGGCCCUGGCCUCGAUUUGUUGGGAUGUCUUGAGGCACCGAUAUUGGACACCCUUUUCCUGGAAGGUUCGCAGACGUAUGGCAUGUUUGGACCCGACAUUGAUGCUCAGGGAAGAGGACUACUCGCCGUCGUCAGAAAUCUCAUCUGGCGCUCUCCAAAGCUGGAAAUCGUCCGGCUGUGUUGUAUCGGGCGCUUCGCGGAGUCAGAUGCACUCUUCGAUCUAUUCUUUCAUUCGUUUCCGGACAUGGUGCACCUCGCCCUCGCGCGGUGCGACAUCAGGGGGAUCCUGCCCCGAUACACCGACCUUUGGCCCUGCGUUACCUCGAGAAAGCUGAAGGCACUGCAGUUGUACGGAUGCGACAGACUCGACGCCCCUUACUUGGUCGACUUUGUUCAUGACGGCGCAUCUUUCGGCUGUCCCCUGGACCUCUUGAUCGUCAACCGUUGUGGCCGGAUUCUGGAUGCCGACUUCCAGCAAAUGAGGGGGCAUGUCACGACGUACAGCGAGUUCCAUCCCGCGGUGUAG